GAACGUGGCUCGGAGGAAUUCAGAUCGACCGAGCUGCAUCGGUGGGAUGAGACGAGCCACGUUCGCAUGGCAGCUGCACCAGUCAGAGCUGGCAUCUACGGCGACCGCUUGGUUUGCCACGCUGACUUGAAGAAGCUUCGGCACUUGACGGAGAAGAUCUCGAAGCAAAUGUUCUCCAAGCACAAUUUGCAGAAAUAUUUUCAAGAGAAGAACCCGGAGCCCAUCAUUUUUGCCCCCUUCUCGCGGGGCCAUCAUAACAUGGAUGAUGGAGGCGUCUACGACAAGAUCAAGGACAUGGAGCGCUUGUCACAGAUCCUCCAUGAAGCCAUGGCCGACUAUGAUAGCACCUACGCGGCCAUGGACUUGGUUCUUUUUGAAGAUGCCAUGAAGCACGUGGCGCGCAUUUGCCGCAUCAUUUCCAGUCCAUCAGGCCAUCCGCUGCUGGUGGGGGUGGGUGGAAGUGGACGUCAGAGCUUGAGCCGCCUCAGUGCCUUCGUGUGCCAACACAUGACGUACAUGAUCGUGAUCACAAGCUCUUACAGCCUGCCUGAUUUGAAGACAGAUCUUCAGUACAUGUACAAGAGAGCCGGGGAGAAAGAUGAGGGUGUCAUGUUCCUCUUCACUGACAAUCAGAUUGCCAACGAGCGCUUCUUCGUUUUUUUCAAUGACUUGUUGGCAUCAGGCGAGAUCACCGACUUGUAUCCCAGUGAGGACAAGGAUAGCAUUCGAAAUGCAGUGCGUAGUGCUGCCAAGGGCCUUGGCAUUGUGGAUACACCUGAGAACUUGUGGGCCUUCUACAUCUCCCGUGUGCGUAAGAACCUUCACAUGUCGCUCUGCUUCUCUCCCGUGGGUGAUGGCCUUUGGAGCCGCGCACGGCGCUUCCCAGCCCUGGUGAAUUGCACCACCAUUGAUUGGUUCCAACCCUGGCCAGAGGAUGCGCUCCUGAACGUCGCGCACAAGUUUCUGAUGAAGCUCGAAGCCUUGGGCCCUCCGGACGAUCCCCAUCGACAAGCGAUCAUCGACUUCUUCCCCUACAGCUUCGACGCGGUGAAUGAGAUUUCCCACAGCUUCAUCCGCGACGAGAAGCGCUUCGCAUACACGACACCCAAAAGCUUUCUUGAGCUGAUCAAGCUGUAUAGCCUCAUGCUGGAGAGGAAUGUCUUUGCCUUGGAGGACAAGAAGUCGCGGCUCUCCAGCGGCUUGGUGAAGUUGCGACAGACCCAAGAGGAAGUGGCUACUUUGGAAGAGGAUUUGCAAGAGAAGGCGCUGGUGGUCAAGGAGAAGGCGGAGAAGGCGGAUGUCUUCGCCGAGGAGAUCGGCCGGGAAAAGACGCGAGUGAACACCGAGGCAGAGAAGGCCACCAUUGAAGCAGUGAAAUGUGCACAAAUCGCAGAACAAGUGGCAGAGAAGAAGGAAGAUUGCAUGCGCGACUUGAAUUUGGCACUUCCUUUGGUGGAGCAGGCAGAGGCUGCCUUGGACGUUUUAGACAAGAAGGAGUUCAAUGAGCUCAAGGCGCUCACGCGUCCUCCCACAGACGUCCACUCCGUUUGCGAGACAGCGUUGCACUUGUUGGCUGGCUUGGAUUCGUUUGUGGAGGUGGACAAGAAAGGCCGUGUGAAAGACCGAAGCUGGAAGAGUGUGCAGAAGAUGAUGACUGAUCCGGGUCGCUUCUUGCAGGUUCUCAAGGGCUACAAGUCUUACAUUGACGACGGUUCAGUGCCGGCACAAAAUGUGGAAGAGGCAAGAAAACUGAAAGAUUCACUUGGACAAGAGUUUUUGCCGGAGAACAUGAAGAAGAAGUCUCAGGCGGCGGGCGGUCUCAGCGAGUUCGUGAUCAACAUCAUUAAGUACUACGACGUGGUGUGCCAAGUGGAGCCCAAAAAGCGAUCUUUGCAGGACGCCGCAGAAACGUUGGAGAAGGCGAACGAAAGACAUCGGGAGGUCACCGCCAUGGUCAAGGACUUGGAGGAGAAGCUGGCGCGCCUCGUGGCAGAGUUCGACCAAGCGCUGGCCGAGAAGGAUGAGGUCAUGGCGGAGGCUGAGCGCUGCCAGCGGAAGCUGGACAUGGCACAGAGGUUGGUGGGCGCCUUGAGUGCGAAUGGGGUGAUUUGGGAGCAGACCGUGGAACGGACCGGUGAGGAGUUGGUUUUCAUCCCCGGCACCUCGUUGGUCGCUUGCUCCUUCGCGGCCUACCUGGGAGUUUUCAGCCGCGAGUACCGGGAGUCGGCAUGCCACAAGUUUGUGCACUUCCUCCAGGAGCGCCAGGUGCCACUGGGCGUUGGGACUCCAGACCCCUUGCAGGUGCUCUCAACCGAGCCGGAGCAGGCACGUUGGUGUUCCUUUGGUUUGCCCAGCGACCGGGUCUCUCUGGAGAAUGGCGCCAUUAUGACGUGCAGCGAGCGCUGGUGCUUGAUUAUCGACCCACAGAUGCAGGGGAUUGUUUGGAUCAAGACCAAGGAAGCCGACAACAACCUCCAAGUCACCCGGAUGGGUAGUCCGCGCAUGGUGCAGGUCUUUGAGCAGUCCAUCGAAGCGGGACAUCCAGUCUUGGUGGAGAACAUGCUUGAAACCGUGGAUGCAGUGCUACAACCGGUGAUCGCCCGCAACACCUUGAAGCGCGGCACCAAGCGAGUCCUCAAGCUGGGAGAGAAGGAGAUCGCCUACAACCCGAAUUUCAAACUCUUUAUGCAGACCAAGCUCUCGAAUCCACAUUACCCUCCUGAGAUCCAGGCCGAAUGCACCGUGAUCAACUUCACCGUCACCGAGCAAGGCUUGGAGGAUCAGCUGCUCUUUUUGGUGGUGAAGCUGGAGCGUCCGGAUUUGGCACGCAUCAAAUCUGAACUCAUCCAACAGCAGAACGAGUUCAAGGUGCGCUUGGCAGAUUUGGAAGCCUAUCUCUUAGAGAAGCUGGCGGGAGCUGAUAGCGACAUCCUGGAGGACACCGAGCUGGUCUUUGGCUUGGAGGAUGCCAAGUUCACCUCCGAGGAAGUGAAAGAGAAGGUGAAAGUGGCACAAGAAACCGAAGGGAAGAUCAAUUUGAUCUCCCAGAACUACGGUCCCGUGGCCAAUCGCGGCGCCUUGCUUUUCUUCCUCAUGAUGGAGCUCAGCAAGAUGCACACCUUCUACAAGUACUCUUUGGAUGCUUUUGUGCAGGUGGUCACGCGGGCGGUGAACCAAGUCUCUUUGCGACAGGUCAAGGAGAAGAAGACGGAGACCCUGGGCAUCACCAGUGCGCUGAAAGACAUGGACGAGCGUGAGGAGCGGCGCGAGUCCGCUGCGCAGCUCACGACGCCGGAGCUCCAAGGCAGCGACGUCUUUGAAGGCGACCAUGUGGAAGAGGACGACGAGGUGGAGGAGAUUGUGGAGCUUUCAGGUCAAGCCUUGACAGAUCGGGUGAAGCAGCUGGAAGGAGUGGUGACCUUUGCCAUCUAUUCCUAUCUUCGUCGUGGUCUACUCGAUGCAGACAAGCUGACCGUGGCCUCCAUGUUGGCUCUCAAGAUCUUGGCCCGAUCAGGAACUGUGCAGCUCGAGGAUCUGAAUCUGUUGAUCCGAGCUCCGGUGGACCCCAAUCCCCCGCCCAUGCCGGAUACCACGCGCAGUUGGCUGAAUGAACAUCAAUGGGCACAACUCAAAGCCCUGGAGGUUCUUCCAGUCUUCAAGACCGGAUCUCACUCCUUAACCAACACCUUGGAGCAGGACUCCUUGGGAUGGAAACGAUGGUUCGCGGAAGAACGGGCAGAGUCCUCGGACCUUCCCCGCGAGUGUCGGGAGUUGUCUUCCUUCCAUCGACUCUUCUUGCUUCGAGUGCUCCGGCCCGACCGCAUCGGGGCGGCCCUCACACAGUUCGUCCAGGACCAUUUGGGACACGAGUUCAUUGAGCAAUUGCCCUUCGACAUGAUGCAGACGUAUGAAGAGUCGACCUGCCUCACUCCGAUCUUCUUCGUGCUGUUCCCAGGCACCGAUCCGACCAGCACCAUUGAGGCGACGGCGCAUUCGUUGGGCUUAAGCUUUGGCAACGGCAUGCUGCACAACAUCUCGAUGGGACAGGGCCAGGAGAUGGUUGCCAUCAAUGCUGUGACCAAGGCAGCAAGAGAUGGCCAUUGGGUGGUCCUUCAGAACAUCCACUUGAUGCAGGAGUGGCUGAAGUCCUUGGAACGGGUGCUGGAGACCAUCGAAGAGUAUGCCCAUCCAGAUUUCAGGUGCAUUUUGACCUCCGAGCCGCCGAGCGUCUUACAAGGACCACUGUGGCCGAUGGUGCCGGAAGCCAUCUUGCAGAAGUGCAUCAAGAUCGCGGACGAGGCGCCAACGGAUCUGAAGUCGAACCUGCGACGGGCCUACGCCAAGUUCUCCCAGGAACACAUCGAGGCCUGUCAGAAGCCUAAGGAGUUCAAGGCCACCCUCUUCGCGCUUUGCUUCUUCCAUUCCUUGGUCUUGGGCCGUGUGAAGUUUGGGCCACAAGGAUGGUCCAAGAAGUACCCUUUCAACGACGGCGACCUGACGAUUUGUGCGCAGGUGCUGUGCAACUACCUCAACAACGCGGAGAGGUUGGAAACGGAAGUUCCCUGGCCCGACCUCCGGUACAUCUUCGGCGAGAUCAUGUAUGGGGGCCAUAUCACGGAUCAGUGGGACAGGCGAGUGUGCAACACGUAUUUGCUGACCCUGGUGUUGCCCGAGCUGCUGACCAACAUGUCCUUGGCCCCGGGCUUCAAAUCGCCUGAUGCUUCCAAGCUGGAGUACAGCUCCUACCAAAAGUUUAUCGAAGAGCGCUUUCCUCCGGAGAUGCCGCAACUCUUUGGCUUGCAUCCCAACGCCGAGAUCGGGUUCUUGACCAGCCAGGGGAUCAACAUCUUCAAGACCGUCCAGAUGGUGUCCGGUGCAGACACUGCCGCGGCCGCCAUGGAUUUGGUUGCUUGUACUCCCCACAUCGCCAAGUACAAGGACGAUUUGCCCCAAGAUCUGGACAUGGCAGAGAUCCGCGGAAGGCUGCGAGAAGAGGAUUACACGCCAUAUGUCAUUACAUCCUUGCAGGAGAGCGAUCGGAUGAAUCUGCUGGUGGGCCACAUGCGUUUGCAACUCACAGAGUUGGAGCUGGGCAUCAGUGGUGCGUUGAACAUCACCGAGGGUAUGGAGAAUUUGUCCAGUUCCUUGCAGCUCAAUCGCGUAAACGACUCCUGGAGAGCUUUGGCAUAUCCAUCACUGAAGCCUUUGGGUGCUUGGUUCCAGGACCUCUUGAGUCGCAUGCAGCAGUUGGUGGAGUGGACCAACGACCGGAACGGCGUGCUGAAAUCGACCUGGAUCCCGGGACUCUUCAAUCCGAUGGCCUUCUUAACGGCGGUGAUGCAAGUCACGGCGCGCAACAAGCAGCUUCCACUGGACUACAUGACGAAUCGAGCCACCUUCCUGAAUUUGAUGGACCCCAGCGAUGUGGUGAGCUUGCCCACGAAUGGCGUACACAUUCAUGGGCUUUUCCUGGAGGGCGCGAGCUGGGAGGAGGGCAAAGGAGAUGACGAAGGCUACAUCUCUGACUCCAAGAUGAAGGAGCUUCAUCCUGAGAUGCCCGUGGCCAACAUUUACUCAGUACACAUCGAUGAAAUGAGCUGGGAGAACAUGUACCACUGCCCAGUCUUCAUCACCUCAGAACGCGGGCCGACCUUUGUUACGCAGGUGAAUGUGAGAAUGGAUCCAGAUGAUGAAGAGUUGAGGUGGAUUCUAGCGGGAGCUGCUUUAGUGAUGACCGACGACUGAGGGAGGGGAUGCUUCGCUGGUACCUGUGGAGAACAACGGAGCUAGCUGCAGCUGUCACGCAGACAGUUUUGUUUUUCUAUUCUUUGGGAGUCGGGCAGACCUGCCCAUACACGAAAGCUACACUUAGC